AAUAAUAUUAUAAAGCCAUUUCACGUCCAUGACACACCUCCAGUCCAGUGUUGUCAACUCUCCACACACAUGCGUGUUGAAGCACAGCGCAACCGACCUUCAAUCCGUCAUGUCUUCCAUAUUCCUUAUUUAAUUGGUUGCGAUUGAAUUACCGCAUCCCCCAGCGCGUCUCUGAUUGGCUCGCCUGCCUGUCAAUCACAGCGCCCCCUCCACCAGCGCGCUUUGAUUGGCUAAGGCACCCUUCUCUUUCUCUGUGCGGUGAAUCGCGGCGGUGGGUCGAUUCGCCGCCGCUGAUGCUGGUGUCUCCGGUCGGGCACGUUUAACGUUUCACCCCCUUCAUAUUUUCCAUUCAUAUUUAGCGUGCCCCGUCCCGUGUGUGCGGAAAGAUAAAGAUGGCAGCGGUGGCCCGCCUGGAGGGCCGCGAGUUUGAGUAUGUGAUGAAGAAGCGCUCGGUGACGGUGGGUCGGAACUCGUCGCAGGGCUCGGUGGACGUGAGCAUGGGCCACUCGAGCUUCAUCUCCCGCCGGCAUCUGGAGAUCUUCACCGCCGCCGCGGAGGACACGGGCUCGGGAGAGUUUUAUCUGCGCUGUCUGGGCAAAAACGGGGUGUUCGUGGAUGGGGUGUUUCUGCGGCGGGGGGCGCCACCCCUGCAGCUGCCGCGAGUGUGCACAUUUCGGUUCCCCAGUACGAACAUCAAGAUCACGUUCACUGCGCUGGCGAGCGUCAAGCGUGAGAAGCAGGAACUGGAGUCUCCGGUGAAAGCGGUUCAGCCACAGAUCUCCCCUUUAACCAUUAACAUCCCAGAUAACAUCGCUCACCUCAUGAGCCCCCUGCCCUCGCCCACCGGCACCAUCAGCGCUGCCAACUCGUGUCCAUCCAGUCCGCGUGGUGCUGGAUCGUCCGGUUACAGACUGGGCAGGAUCGUGCCUGACCUGCAGCUCAUGAAUGAUAACUCUCAGUCUGAGAACGACAAAGAGGCAUCAGAAGGAGACAGUCCAAAGGAUGACUCCAAACCCCCGUACUCGUAUGCUCAGUUGAUCGUUCAGGCAGUAACGAUGGCGCAGGACAAGCAGCUAACACUAAACGGCAUCUACACACACAUCACCAAGAACUACCCGUACUACAGGACAGCAGAUAAAGGCUGGCAGAACUCGAUUCGUCAUAACCUGUCACUGAAUCGGUACUUCAUCAAAGUCCCACGCUCACAGGAAGAGCCGGGCAAGGGCUCAUUCUGGAGGAUAGACCCGUCAUCUGAGAGCAAACUCGUGGAGCAGGCAUUCAGGAAACGCCGGCCACGGGGCGUCCCGUGCUUCAGGACCCCGCUGGGACCCCUCUCAUCCAGGUCAGGGAGCGCACCGGCGUCGCCCAAUCACUCGGGCGUUCUCUCCGCCCACUCCAGCGGUGUGCAGACCCCCGACAGCCUAUCACGGGAAGGCUCACCUGUUCCCAUGGAGCCAGAGCCUGCCUCUGCCCCGCCCCCUGCUGCUGCUUCCGCUGCUGCCGUCCAACCCAAGCUAGCUGUGAUUCAAGAGGCCCGUUUUAUCCAGAACACCACAGCGUCUCCCAUCACCACACAGCCGGUUCUGAUUGCGGUCCAGCGUCCGUUAACGCAGACGAUCAAACCCGUCACGUACGCUGUGGCCGCCCCCGUCACGUCCUCCACGUCUGCGCAGCCGCUGAUGCAGACGGUGCACGUGGUGCAUCAGAUCCCUGCGGUGGCCGUCAGUUCUGUUGGCGGAGCAAGCCUGCACCCUGCCAUCAAAACAGAAACGCUGGAGAAUGGAGAGGAGGUCAAAGUGAAGGUAGAGUCAGUUCCUGGCAUCACUCAUGGCUCUAUAGGCUCAGCCAAUAGGAUCAUUCAAAGCAGCACUGCAGCCACACCCCUCCAGACGGUUACCAUAGUGCAACAAGCCCCAUUGGGCCAGCACCAACUGCCAAUCAAAACCAUCACCCAGAAUGGCACUCAUGUAGUGCCCAUCGCCACGGUGAUACAGAGCCAGGCUAAUGCAGUGUCGAGUCCUUUACACAUGUUGGCCACUCACGCCUCGGCGUCCGCCUCCCUCCCAACGAAGCGGCAGAACGGAGAAAACGGGAGCGAGCCACCGGAGAGCAAACGAUUGAAAAUCGAGGACAAAGAACACGCAGUCACCACCGACCCGAAAUGAACCGCUGCGGACACAAACUCCACCAACCAGCACAACUAGUCACCCAUUAACCACCACCACCACUUUCCCUCCCUUUAUUCUGGUUUUCUCUUUUCCUUUUUCUCGUUCUCAUCACGGUUUCUCUUCAAUCCAGCAGCUCACGUUGCCAAAACUGAAGGCUUGGACAAUAACUCUUUGAACCGAAGCAAAAACGUCAAAAAAGAACCAAAUGCAUAAAAUACUAUCCGUUACUGUCAUUUUCCGCAGCAACCCUUCUGCCUUUUUUCCGUUUUAAUACUCGAACGCCUGAUUGAACAAAAACUCGCACCUCGAAACACAAGAGCAACUGCCAUUUGGUUUGUAACUGGGCAUUUUAUUACAGACUUCAACAGAUGUUGGAGGCAUUCGAUCUGCUCGGAUUCCGUUCUUUGGGAGUCAUGGUGAUUUUUAGUGACUCGCAGACAAAAUUGAAAGGAAAAAUGCCCUCCGGAUGUGCAGAUGUUGAUCCGCUGCGGACUCAAAAGGAUUCUAGAACCUCCGGAACUCGUGUGUUGCUCACAGCAGACUGAGAAUUCCAGAACUCCCGCUUGCGGAAUCCGGAUUUUUUUGGCGCUGACAGCGGAACACGGGCUUCGAUCCAACAUUCCAAAGUUUGGCAGUCCACUUACCGAGGGUGAAAAGCCAAGAGGAUGUCCUGGAAUGGAAUUACACUCCAUGAACCACAAAUAGGUUGUUGUCUUUUUUAAAAUAGUGCAUACUAGGGCUGUACGUGGAGCCAAAGGGAUCAAAAUAUUCCGAAACACAUCAGAUAUUCCUAAACUUUCGGCAGCUAGCCUGACAGCAUCCCCCACAAUCCCCUGUAGCCGUCGUAGUGGAUAAUAUGCAGUAUUUUGUCAUUCAUACAUGGAGCAUAGGAUCUGGGCGUGUUUUCAUUUAUAGAGACGUUUUAAAAAGUAAUAAUAACAAUAUAUAUAAGCAGCAGCAGCAUAUGAGCAGAAGUUUGUGUCUGUUUUCUGUUUUGUGAAACUAAGCGUAGUUUCUUUUCUAAGAUGGCUAAAAAUGUAUCAGUGGAGUAUUUCCUUCCUAUGUUUUUCCUUUUCUGUUUAUUUUUAAAUCUGAGCAAAACUGGCUUUGUUACACCGACAUAUUUUCAUACAGAUGCUCGAGUGGACAUGUCAUUUCCAUGUGUAGUCGAACUGUUUUCAUCCAGCUUGCAUGUAACGGACUAGACAAACGUACCUGAGCCGCCGAUGUAAUCCAGGAAAAAAAAAAA